GCUCCGCCAGCACACGAUUAUCCCCACGGUUCUGUGGGCCUUCUCUUCUCAGGCGAACACUGCAAGGUUCGUCUGGGUGGCAGAUAGUGCUUCACAUACUUGCCAAGAAAGCCUGGCAAACAUACAAAGCAUAAGAAAGCGUUGAUACUGUCAGUCGGACCCUAAGCGCCUGACAUAGUUAUGGUCAACUUCGAGAUACCAUCCCAAUAUACAUUCUCGCCUUCCGAAGGUACACCCCAACUUACGAUCAAUCGUGAGGCUACUAUCGACCUUGAUAGCAGCAAUGCAUUCGAAGGCCCCGAAAAGCUGCUAGAGGUCUGGUUCGCUCCAGCAGCGGAUGCUCUCCCUCCCGGAGCUAAGAAGAAUGGCUUGAAAGCAGUGUCUGCAGAGAGAUGGAAAUUGAUGCUCGACAAGGUCAACUGCAAGGUCCUGUCUGUGGUUCAAUCCGAGCAUAUCGAUGCCUACCUUUUGUCUGAAUCGAGCAUGUUUGUCUUCCCGCACAAGCUCAUCCUCAAGACAUGCGGCACCACGACUCUCCUCCUUGGCCUUCGCGAUAUGCUGAGAUGUGCAGCUGAGGAUGCCGGGUUUCCUUCCAACGGUAGCGGCUCUGUGAAUGCUAUCAAGACGGCUGCUACUCCUUACCGAGUUUUCUACAGCCGCAAGAACUUCUUGUUCCCUGACAAGCAACAUGGACCCCACCGUAGCUGGAAAGAAGAAGUCAAGUUUCUUGAUGGGAUGUUUCAACAUGGCAACGCUUACAUGAUCGGCAAAAUGAACGGGGAUCAUUGGUACCUUUAUUUGACGACUCCAAAUGACACUCUCACACCACCAAGAACACCUGAUAAUGAAAGAAUUGGCACCGAGACAAAGAUAUUGAAUGUCCCUGCGAGCUAUGCUCAUUCCGUUGGACAGCGUGCCCUUGAAAACGAUGACGAGACACUCGAAAUCCUCAUGACCGAUCUUGAAGCAGAGAAUGCCAAACAAUUCUCUCUAGAUUAUGCCAGUCUCGUUGCCGAAGGCAAAUACUGUAAGAGAGCUGAGCAGGCGCGAAAGGAGGCUGCAGAGAGCUUGGGUGAGCUUGGAGGCACCACGGUCCAUUCUGCCUUGAGUGGUGCCAGCUCAGCCACCAAUGAAGAAGAAAUCGACGUGUUCAGCCAGACGUCUUCAGACAACGGAGCCUUCACGCCAGAUGACGAUGUGGGUUUCCAUGACGAGCUCAGUACAGAAGGACAUGCUCUCGGAACGGUCUACCCUACUUCCAGAUAUCCUGAUGCACGCGUGGAUGCCUAUCUCUUCACACCAUGCGGAUUCUCUGCCAAUGGUGUCAUCCCAGCUCCAGACCAAGCUGGCACUGCAACUCACUACUUCACCGUUCACGUCACGCCUGAGCCUCAGUGCUCCUACGCCUCCUUCGAAACCAACGUCCCAGGACGCCAGACCGGCCGUGAAACUUCUGAGGUCGUAGAGCAUGUAGUGGACAUCUUCAAGCCUGGUCGUUUCAGUGUCACACUCUUCGAAGCCAAGACAAACCCGACUGAAGCACACGAGUUCGGCCUGCUCGGCGACGCGGCUGCAGACACGAAGGCUGGCCUCCUGCGCAGCGCGAAGAUGGAGAAGAUCAAAGGAUAUAGGAGGGUGGAUCGGAUCGUGCAUGAUUUCGAUGGCUUAGUUCACGCAAUGGAAUCACGGACUGUGGUUCUGUCAUGGUGUUCUCUGUUACAUCAUGCACUGCAAAUAGCACAUGAAAAGGCCGCAGCGACGUCAGGUUUCAGGCGGCGAUGAAUGCAGGCUGGGUAUUAAGACAUAGCCUCAGAGUGAAGGGUUUUCAGGUCCAAUUAUCGGGCAUGAUGGAGGUGUUCUGGUGAGAUGUGAUGGGGGUUGCAGAAACA